AAAUCCGCGGUUGAAGAAGCACUGAUUUUUUUGUUGUUGUAAAACUAGCAAAAAGUAAAGUUGGCAGCUGAAUAUAAAACUUUCGCGCCACACAUUUUGUUUUUAGACCAGCGAUAAAGUUUCAUGCUCAGGAUGAUGUCAUGGGGAGUGCUUGUCGGUCUAGUGGUGGUACUUCUGCUGGCAAACAAUGCGCAUGGUCAUCCGAAAGCAAAGCCCUGUGACGCCUCUCCUUUUCGCAAGGAUGGCCGUGCAUGCGGCGGUGCGGAGGCCGUGAGCCUUGAGCUGUACGCGGAGUCGCUGUGCCCCGGGUGCCGCGCGUUCACCACGGGGCAGCUCUACGGCACGUGGCUCCUCCUGGGGGACAUCAUGAACGUCACCCUGGUGCCGUACGGCAAUGCCCAGGAGAAACACGACGGGGAUAAGUGGGUGUUCACGUGUCAGCACGGCCCCAACGAAUGCCUUGGGAAUCUGCUGCAGGCUUGCCUGAUCCACUACUUGCCGAACAAUGCCGAUCAUGUGCCCAUCAUCUACUGCAUGGAGGCGGCAGAAAACCCCGUCUCAGCUGCAUCCCAGUGUGCGGCCUUGUUGGCACCAACGCUGAACUGGCAACAGGUUGAGACGUGUGCCAAUGGCACUCUGGGCAACCAGCUGAUGCACAGCAACGCCCAGCUCACAGACGCCCUCAACCCUCCGCACAAAUACGUCCCUUGGAUCGUCUUCAAUGGGGCUCACACGGAAGAAAUCCAGAACAAGGCAAUGGAGGCACUCCUUCCGAUGGUUUGCAGUGCAUACAAGGUAAGAACACUCUACAUUCCAGAAAGCAAACGCUACAAAACACGUGUAGGUAACUAUUGGGUACCCCUUUAUUUUUCCCGGCCCUCACUUCCCCAACGUCUCCAUCAAUCGUUGACCCCUUUGAAAAUCCCGGGCCCACCUCUGCUUCAAACAGAUGACCAAUCAGAUGGCUGUUUCAGCCAUUAUGGCCAUUCGAUUUGAUUGGCUUCUCCACUCAACCAAUCAGAGCGAGCCUCGCCCCGCUUACCAAGCCACAACACCAGCUGUGGCUCGUUAUGCCGCGAAUGAUUGUGUGAAGUUCUUCAUUAAUUAGGGCUCACUUCUCAGCAUCCCUACACGCGUGUCAAACAAGACAGUACUGGGGGUGGGAGGCAUUCGUGUCCAAUGAUUGUCCUGAGCCAAACAUGGAAAAAUACACAUGCCCAUGGCCGUGGUCACUAUCUCGAUAACCACAGAUGUACAUUUGAUUUGCCAACUCGGGGAUAUUAGGUUUAGUCGAUUCCAGACUGGAAUUGGAACAUGAGCCUUCGGUUAUGAGUCGAUGGCUGUGCCACCUGCCAUUAUAGCUGGGGUAUGUGACUACAAAUGGCCCGGAAUGCACUCUGUAUUGUCAAAUAUCAGAAGCUAAGCAGACAUUAUCCUGCAUAGUGCUUGUAUGGGUAAUCACAAUGGCACACAGAGGUUGACAUAGGGUCUGCUUAGCCACGUCGUGGGCAGGAGACCGCAGGGCCUUGAAGUCCAUCGUCGGUACUGUACUUCCAUGUUCCCAUAUCUAUGAUCCUCACCUUCAGCCCACACUAAUCAGCAGGUAAAGUAUGGAUGGACCAAAACACCCCAACAACGCGCAUGGCAUAGAGAGGUCUUCAUCCAACAGUUGAUUACAAAACGGCUGUACAUGUAUAUGUACUCAUUACUACUCAAAUGCGCAAGCCCAGCAGUUGUGUAGUUUAGUCCCAUCAAAGGUUAUGAGCAGAAUAAAGACCUGUGAUAUCAAUUUCUGGUUAGUCUAAAAUGUCACACGUGCCUGAUGAAUUGGAUUACACAUAUCUGCCUGCUGACAGCUAAAACCCAGUGAGGAACGUGCAAAGUUAAGCAACUCAGCAAUGGACACCAGAUGUAUACCUUUGUCCCACGAAUUGAGUUGCCUUAGUUUGGCUGUUUGAGUCCAGGGCGUUUUCACCGAACCAUAAGGUUCCAAAUGGCCUCAGUUUGGCCCAAACAGCUCACGUUAAUCCAUGACUCUUAAGCAAAGCUGGGUUAUCUUAUUAUUUACCUUAUUCAUUACUCGACCAUUUAUUAGUUCAAUUGCGCGACUAAUCAAAUAAGAUUUUUUUUUGAAAUAGUAGGAAAAAAUGAUCAUGUCUGUUAAUAAUUAUUGUAAUUUAUAUAGCGCCCUUAAGUAAUCGUUGUCAAGGUGAAAAAGAAGUGAAUAAUUAACCACCAUAACGUAGUCGAUUAUAAUUUAAAUAUAGUCGGUUACAGUACAAUGCCUCUUUUCCGUAAACCUGUGACUCCUAUUAUCCGCGGCAGCUAUAGGGUCCACAAAAACGCCUAUUAUCUGCGGUCCUAUUUAUUCCUAUUACUCCUAACAUGUGGAUAACAAUGGUGUAAAAGGUAAGAACAUAUCUUCGUUAAAAUGUUUUAUAUCAGGCAAAAAAUAAAUAUGUUGAUGACCAUGAGGCUCAAGCAUUAGAGCUGGGACAAUUAUCUUAUUAUAAUAUCACGGAUCCCAUUAUCUGUGGGGUUAUCCGUGAUCUUACUCACCUUAUAUAAACACAAAAACAUUUCAAACAGAUCUCUUAAACCCCGAGCCUUCGGUAACAAAAAAAAUGUAUUCCUUUCAAAAGUAACCCUCUCAACAAAGCAUGUUCAUGUACAUGCACAGGUGUGGUUAUAUAGGUACAUGCUGGAGGAAGCAGUUCGAACCUAAGGAAGCACUGUACACAGGAGGCUGCCACGUUGUACAUUUGUGCAGUCAUAGCUUUUGUUCUCUGGACCUCUUUAAGUGCUGCUCUAACAAAGAAAAAUAAAAUGCCCUUAACGGAUAAAUGUCAAGAAAAGUUCGCUGUGCCGCCACUCACGCACGUGACAAGCUCCGGGCAGUGGCGGCGAGACGGUCUCGCGUUCAGGGAGGACAAACACAGGGAGGCUGGGGGUGGUUUAUUUUAGGUAACGAUGACCACGUCCGAGCACUUAGGACACCCCAUUGAGGCACCUGAACAUGAAUGCAGACAGCCACCUGUGCUUACACCCAUUUCGCAACAAGUGCAAUGAGUUAAUGGUCACCAACAGCUCCGCAGAAAUGUCGUGCAGACUCAGACAGGGGUACAAGUCUCUUUAUACCACGACACCACAUUGUGGCUUGUAUUAUCUUAUAAGUUCAAGUGUCGCCACGCCCACGAUAGCAUUGGUAGUAGCGCUGAGGCAGCAGAUGAAUUCUGACAUUACAGGAACCAACAUCUCCAUCGAAUAACAGAAUUGGUUUGGCAUGGAGUUAGAAAAUCAUUAUUUUAUCUUACCAAUAUGCCAGAUGCAAUGAGUACCUGCUCAUUGAUCAUUUGAGUAAAGAUACACUUGCUAUUAUGUUUCACUUUUACUCACAAGGAUAUUUUGUUUGUCUUUAGAAAAUUCACGUUUCCAAUGUACUCCGUCCAGCACUCACCAAUCCUGUUUGUUUCACUAAUGUGGCUGGGAACUGUUUGAUUUUGGAGAGGGCUCUCAAAAAUAAACGACGUCAACAAUGCACCAACUACACAACUUUGUCUGUCCCUCGCAGGGCGAACUGCCAGCAGCCUGCGGAAAAUAAGGACCUACGUUUCAACACAGGCCUUGGACAUUCACCCACCAUGGACCAUUUAUCACCCAAACUUACUCUUCACUCAAAAUGCACAUGAACCACUUGAACGCGAUAAAACAAAAUGUUUUACUAUUAAAUUGAUUUUGUGGGGGGGUAGUUAUGUGGGGGUGGGGUGGACAGUGGGUUAAGGACAGUAAGUGAAUAUAAAUACAUCAUGUACAGAUACCUAAAUGCACUUUUGGUAUUGUGUCAUAUUGAGAAUGUUGUAUUGUGUUAUUUCUGCUAUGAUUGCUUAGAAUUAAUGUUAUGUUUAAAGUUACAGGAAACUGGGCUUUAGAGCAGUUGCUACUUACAGCCAGAGUCACGUUAUAUGUUGGUAAAGCUUUAAUGGUUGUCAUUGUUUGGAAAUUACAUGACACCUUUUUUGCAAAGUAGGUAUAAUUGAUCUUACGACAUGUUGUAAGAAUUGGCCGUGCUUUGCUCGUUUAAUUGAUUUAAACAUUUUCGUGCACAACUAUAGUUACAUGGGUGUCCUUUCUUCAAAAAGGCACCUGAAUAAUUGCUCACCUUUUAAAUAAAGAUGACCGGAGUUGAUUGA